AUGGAUAAAUUGGCGUACGUGUAUUUCACCCCGUUAUACAAAGUGAUUCGACAAUACAUUGAUGGAUAUAACGUCAAGAAAAUAAAAUAUAAUUUAACAGUACCUGUUCUCCUUCGUGUUGCUUUUCAGAAAAAUCUUGUUAAUUUACAUUCUCAUAUGUGGAUCCCACCUCACGUAUUCCCCUUCUUAUCCAAACCAUUAAAUCCGAAGCUUCAUUUUGUUCACCAGCGCAAUUACUGCGUGUUUGUGCGUUCUUUCGGUGGCCGUAUACAUAGCUAUGACGUUGAAUUGAAAAAACAGGUAGAUAUACUAAAAAGUGACCUGGAUAAAGCUGGACUUGCCUACCCACAAGAUUUUUUUUGGUUCGCCGGUUAUGAUGCUCCGUGGACAGUACAUGGGCGACAUAAUGAAGUAUGGCUUCGAGUGGUGAAGAAGAAGAAAUUUAACUAUUGA